AUGACCCGGCUGAUGUUGGGCCGGACUCUGGAGCGCAUCUGUAAAGGCGUGCUGCUGCUCUGCCUGCUCCAUUUCCUCAUCAUGAUGAUCCUGUACUUCGAUGUGUACUCGCAGCGCUUCGACCUCUUCAGUCGCUUUAACAAUGGCCGCAACGGAUCCAGGAGCAAUGUUAGCGGGGCAGGGAGCGGACAUCAUUAUUACUAUUACAACCUCUCCAGGCCCAACGCCACAUUAGCCAGCUACCUGGCCACAGGCGAGCAGCUGGUGCCAAGUGUGCAGCCGGAGAACACUCAGACACCGUCUCCCAAACCACUGCCACCAUGUCCUGAAAGCCCGCCUGGCCUUGUGGGGCGUUUGUUGAUCGAGUUCAGCUCCCAGAUGACGAUGGAACGAGUGCAGAAAGAAAAUCCCAAUGUGACCGAGGGAGGCCGAUACACGCCUCCAGACUGUCGGCCCAGAUGGAAGGUGGCCAUCAUCAUCCCGUUUCGUCACAGAGAGAAUCACCUAAAGUACUGGCUCCACUACCUCCACCCUAUUCUCAGACGCCAGAAGAUUGAUUACGGCAUCUACAUCAUCAACCAGUUGGGCGAGGACACUUUCAACCGUGCUAAGUUGUUGAACGUUGGUUACACGGAGGCUUUGAAGGAUGCAGAGUAUGACUGCUUCAUCUUCAGUGAUGUUGACCUGAUCCCGAUGGACGACCGCAACCUCUACCACUGCUACGACCAGCCGAGACAUUUUGCCAUUGCCAUGGACAAGUUUGGCUUCAGGCUGCCCUACGCAGGUUACUUUGGAGGUGUUUCGGGUCUCAGUAAAAAACAGUUUCUGAAGAUCAACGGCUUCCCGAAUGAGUACUGGGGCUGGGGAGGAGAAGACGACGACAUUUACAACAGGAUCACUUUGAAUGGGAUGAAGGUGUCUAGGCCAGACGUUCGCAUCGGCCGCUACAGAAUGAUUAAGCACGAGAGAGACAAACACAACGAGCCCAACCCACAGAGAUUCAACAAAAUACAGAACACCAAGAACACAAUGAAGAAGGACGGCAUCAGCUCUCUGACCUACAGACUGGUUCAAGUCAAGAAGUAUCCUCUGUACACGAACAUCUCCGUGGAGAUCGGCAAGCCACCACCUCGGCCCAUUAAGGGCUAGAAGAAAUGAAAGAGAGAAAGUGGACGAUGUGGGGGAGGAUGCAACUGGCCUAGUGAGAGGAAGAUGUGAAAGAAGAGAACUUAAAGGAUGGAAAGAAAACUGAGAGUGUCUCACAGGCUUCUGAAAGAAUAUGAAAUUGAAAAUAAGAGAGCAAAACUUGUCACAAGCACAUCAUAGUGUCUCUUUCUGCCUCGUUUCCACUCUAUUCAGCUUGAUAUUUCUCUCUUUUAGGACUCAGGCUCUUUCCACCAACAACUUCUUGAAGCAGACAGUGGGUGCUAUCACACCUGUAACAAUCAAUGACUGCAGAAUGAAUAACUUGUGGACCAAAGGUGGAUUAUCAGUGGCGUCAAACUUAAGUUUUCCUAUCAAACUGGAGGAACUGAUGGCGUGUUGACAGCGAGCAUUGACAGGAACUGCUGGUGUGUCACGUAACACUUUCUUAAAUGUUGACGAUGGAUUUCUCGUAACGUCUUAAAACUGUCUCCAUGAGAAAACACACAGACUGUUUUCAUGCAUACUUUGAAAAUGCAAGAAAGAACUAACUUUGUGUGCAUUAACAGCCCCUGGAGUCAAGCUGUAACAUUACCACAACGUACUGACAUGCAGUGAUGAACUGUGUUACUGUGUCUAACGACUUGCAUAUCAGAGACAUCAGCGUCUCUUGCCAUGUGAUGCUAACAGACAAUUUGCUUUGGACAUUUUCGUCAGGGAGUCACUUGUUUGGAUCUAAUUACUCAAUCAAACCCUCUGCUAUCAAUUAAUGAAUGUGUAUUGUGCCUGCAUCUACAGCAGAAGACUCAAAUGAGUGCUGGUGACACAUGAACACGCUGAUGAAACACAUUUGUCAGCCGCUACAGACGACCGGGAACUCUCUUUUUGUUCUCUGUUUUUAUACAUAUAUAUGAAGUUAAACUCUGGAAGCAGAAGCUGACUUGUUGAGAGUUUUUCAGCAACAGUAAAUGAACUGAAAGGAUGAAAGGGUUUCUCCUGUAUGCAGUGUACUGAAACUAUCUUGGGAGAGCAUUUGAAAUCAAAUGGAGGAACUGAAGACAGCAGGUCUGAUACAUACUGACAGCUCAGUUAUGAUUUUGACCCCCUGCAGCACAUAAGGAGAUUAUACUUCUGGAAACUUCUUUUUUUUUUUUCAGUUUAUUUUGCUAAUAUGCACUUUAAAGUCAACAUUGAGCUAAUACUCCUUUAAAAGAUAUUGGAAAUUUACCAUAUUUUCUGCACAUACAGUAUUCCCCUAAGCUCCAGACAUCCACUGGUGUUGGUUUUCUUUUAGCUAAUGUCACUGUUAAUGCUAAAUUUGGUUGAAAAGUCAGGGGGUGAAAUUUGUUUUGUUUGGAUGUCUUAAAAGUUUUAAAUUUGGUCCAAAAGUGAACGUUUUAUAUCAAAUUUACCAAAUAGGCUAAUAUUACUGGGCAACCUGUACAGAUAGGUCCAAAAUUUGUUGGGCAAAGACACAGAUUUUGUCAUUUGUAUACCACCACAGUGGAUUUUAAAUCACCCAAUCCAGAUCUGAUUGAAUGGCAGAGGUUUUGCAUUAACCAUUUAGGAAAUUCAGCCACUUUUAUAUGCCGUCCCCAAUUUUUCAAAGGCUCAAAGUUAUUUGGACAAUUGGCUGAAAGGCAGUUUCAUGGCCAGGUGAGGUCUGUUAUCUUGUUUUUUCACAACAAGUGAACCAGACAUAAUAUCUCAAGUUACAGCUCUUCAAAGUAAUUUCAAAUAUGACGCCAAGAGAGAUGUAAGUGCAAGUGAGGGAGGCCAUUAUUAGGUGGAAAAACUGAGAUAAACCUAUCAGUGACACAGCAAAAACCUUUUCCAAAUCAAAAGUCUGGAUCAUUCUUAAAAACAAUGGAUGCACUGACCAGCGCAGCAACACCAAAAGGCCUGAAAGAAAAAGAAGACAGCUAAAGUGAAUGAUAACACAGAUGUUGAGAAAAACAACUUCUUGUCUAAUGAAAUCAAGAAUGAACUCAAGGAGGUAAUGGUAUCAUUGUCAAAGUCCACAAUCAUGAGACACCUUCAUGAAUGGAAAUACAGACGUCUUAUAACAAGGUCUAAAACCCCUAAUUACACAAGUGAAUUGUGAAGUGUACACACUAUGCUCUCUGCUCAGAUUCAACCAUAGUCCAAAUGGAUAAUGACCCAAAGCAAUCUGAGAAAGCAACCCAAGAGUUUUUCCUUUAGAGGCAAAGGAAUUAGAGAUUCUUCAAUGACGAAGUCAGUGACCUUAUUUCAGCUCAACAGAGCUUUUCAGUUAUUAAAUACAAAAACAGAAAGCCCCACAAACAAGCAGCAGUGGAAGGUGGUUUUAGUAAAAGCCAAGCCAUCUCAAGGGAGGAAACACAGCAUUUGCUGAUGUCCUUGGGCUCUUGACUCCAAGCAGUUAUUGACUGCAAAGGAGUUUCAUGAAAGUAUUAAAAAAAAUCUUUAAUCUUUGCUCUUUUACUGGUUUGGUCAAUAGUUUUUUAAAAAAAUUAACCAUUAAUUCAAACUUUUUAUUAAACCCCUUGAAUUGGAAUUUGAAGCUGAAAGUCUGCACUUCAGCCACCUAUUGAUUAAAACCCACUGCACUGUACACAUAAUUGUAAAAAAUUGUCUUUGUCCAACAAAUUAUGGACUGAACUUCAAGUGUGUAUACACAUGUAAAUGAUGUUUUUAUUCUCAUUGUGUGUUGCAUAGUGAUGGUAUUUGUGUACACCUCUGGAGAGGCUAAACACAUUGUUCCAGCAUGCUAGAGCAGCACAGUAGGAGCAGGAUGAGCGCCGCAGCCUCAUAACGAGAAGGUUCCAUGUUUGAAUCUACAAAACAACAAUCGACAAAAAAGGGACAUCAAUCCAUUGAUCUGUUCAUCAAUGGAUUGAUGUCAUCCUGCUGUUCAUCCUUUACUUUUUAACCAAAUCUUGAUGUCGGUCAGACAUCUGGCAAAAUUGUCUCCCGCCAUCAUCCCGCCGUCUUUUGAACAAGUUUCUGCUCGGUGGGAUGUCGAAGAAAUGAGCUGUCAGUUAUGUUUUAUGAGAAAAAAGCAGCGUGAAUACAAAAGCUGACUCUUGUAAGAUUUACAAGUGGCUCCACGGGCAGGACAAGAUGAAAUAAUUCUCAAGGUCUCUUUUAAGCCUACAAUCUAACUUGGUAGUCUUUUUUUUUUUAAGUGUCACAAUUCAUUAAUAGUCCGUUGAUACUAUAAUAUUAAUAUGCCGUUUUAUCUCUCUGCUAUCUCUCCUGUCAAUCGUUUAGCAGGAGACGAUCAUAUCCGGACGGAGGAAAUUAUAAGGUGCUGCUCUUUGGCUGGCGGAAAUUGUUAAUUUUAGGGCAGUAAUGAGAAGUUACAGUUUGAGCAGUAUGACUGACGUCCCUAUUGCUGCUUCAGAUUUUAUCAGCAUCAGCUGUCAAGCCUACAUGCUAAACGGUUUUAUCACGCAUUCAGAUUUCACAAACAAUGGGCUAAAUUAAUCCUUUUUUUAUUUAAAGUUCUGGAACUUUUUGUCUCAUGUUUACUUCUGUCAUUUCUUCCAUCACCGCAUUGAAGUCUUUGACUGUUUUGUACUUUGAUGCUUUGUUUUUCUUCUUCCUCUGUUUUCUUUUUCCUGGUCUGUACUGUCAGUGUUGUUAUUGUUGACGCCUAAACGCCAAACUGAUGCCUUUAGAAGUGAUGUGUGCUAAGGGGAAGGGAAGGUUAUCUUGAAUUCUUGCUUUUGGGCAAACGCGAUAGAAAUGUGUGUUUUGAGAUUGAAAAUAUUUAAAUGUUUGUUUCGGUGCAAAAAGAAAAAAAAGCAUUUGCAGUAUGUUUUCAUGAAAGUGGCAGGGGGUUUGCAUAAAGUCUUGCAACUGCAAUUUGAACCACAGAGAACAAUUUGGGGCUUUUAUUUUGGUGAAAAUCGAGCACCGUUGGCCUCCUCUUUGGUUAGCCUUGAGGCAAAACUGUUCCCAUCUGUUUGGCUCUCUGUUAUCUUUGCCUCAAGUUUAUUGGAAGGUAUCAACGCUCUUUUCUGCACACACACACACCCGAGCACACACGUUCAUUCAAACGGUCCACCCCCCCCUUGCUCUUUUUCUUUUUGCAUCAUCUCCCUUUUCAAUGCCUCUUCUUUUGUACUCUGCCAGUUUAGGUUGUUUGUGGCAAUGGGACACUGUUGUGCUUUGUGAUGGACCCACUUCAGGCGCAGCCGUGCCUCACAAGGGUGCUUCAACUUUCAAUAGAUAUUGACAGGGCCUUUCUUUGAGUCUGUGAAGUCCCGGCCACUUACUGUAUCUCCAUUUUCUUCUUUCUCGGCACACAUCCCCAUCCUUGUGUCUCCCUUCUUUUCAUGUCCUCUUUGCAUGUCGUCAUUUUAUUUUUCACUUUUCUCUCUGUGCUUUGAUCCUAUUUUUUGUUUUUUAAGCAGUAGUCUCCUGGUGAGUUUUUGUGUUGUCAGACUGCACACAGGGGUCAACAACGAUCCCUUCUCUAAAGUGUUUACAGCUCACGCAGUGCAAUAUUACAGAUUCAUUCACCUCUAUAUCAUGUUCUUCUUUUAAGUCAUUGUUGAGGGAUGUGGGAUGACAUUUUAAGGACUAGUUUAAUUUCUAAUGCAGUCAUAAUUUUUUUUUUUUUAAAAUUUGUCUUAUAAACCUGUUGUGUUAUCUAAACAUAAUCAAAGAUUAAAGGCAGAUAAAAUGAUGGCAUCACUAUUUUCAUCAUUCUCGCCACAUCAAAGGGACAGUGCAGCAAUUUAAUGUGCUUUGUAAAGUUGUGGCCACUCAGGCCAACAUAUCCCAGCCGUGCAGUUAGCUUUAAAAUAGAAGUUUAAAAAUCUUUCAUAGAGUUGGUAAGUGCAAUUGGACAUUUUGGGCAGUCAAGAAAAAAACCCUUUUAAAAAGAAUUCAAAUUACUUCCCUGUUUACCAAAAGAUUAAUGAAGAAUUUGACUCAUAUUCGCUGGGUUCAUUUUGCAUGGACUUAAAAUGUUGUUGCAUGCUCUGCCCUUAACUGUGGAUCAAGUCACUUUGAACUAGAGUUCAAAACACAGUUCCAGCUGCCUUCUCCUCGAUGGCAAAGGCAGCGGGAAUUCAUGGGCACUGUGGUAUUUCAAGCCACACCUAAACAAAUAGACUGAACUGUAAAAUUUGUGGAGUGUCCCUUUAAAUGUAAGAUUAAUCCUUCUGGGAAGCCUUUAUGAGAUGAGAAGUUGACAGAAAGUUGAAAAAAGGUAUAAUUUAAAGCAGGAGAGGGAUGGGUGCAGUGCAGUGUGUAUAAAAUGUGGGUUAAAGAUGUAAAAAUCAGCAGAAGAAACUUUAGCAUAAGUAGUAUUUGAAAGAACCACGAGGAGUGCUUGAUGUUUCUUGUUGGACUUUUUGACUUUUGAAGCUGUUCCAGCUGUCAGGUAAACCUGGUGGUUCAAAGCGCUUUUUUUCUGAUACUUUUUUUCUUCAUCUGCUGCCGACGGCAGACGGGACUUUCAGGCCUGUGGGUGUUUUUAAAGAUUUCCUGUACCUGUAUGUUUUUUUUUUUUCUUUUUGUACAUUGAAUGUUGAAAAUGUUAUAUCUUAUAUAGAAUGCAUUAAAUCAUAUCAAACCUACUUUUUCUAUACAAUCAAUAAAUCUGCAGUCAAAAAGAUACUGUGAUGAUGGUGUGUUUCAUGUUUCUUUGAAUAUUUCCUCUUGAUCUCAAACAGCCCAGUUGAAC